ACUGGCUGUCGCCUGUUGAAGCUGGUUUUUAAUUACUGUCGCGAAACGUCGUACUCGGAUUGUAAAUGUUGUGGCUUGGCUCUCCAACACACCGCCCCUCCCUCUCGAGUUUUGGCGGGAAGGCGCGAAGAUGGCGAUGAGUGAGGCGAGCGGAGCGGCUGUGGCGCGCACUGUGGCGGCGGCCUUCAAGAUGCACGGCCUCAUGCUCCGCAGUGAGGCACGGAAGUUCCUGAGCAAUGCCCUGGCAGGACUGGGCUCAGUGGAGUUGGAGAACAUGCUGGAGCAAGUGCUGGACGCGGUGCAGAGACAACCACUGGCGUCCAGCAUGGUGGAGCUCGCAGUGGUGGAGGCAGCUGUGCAGGAAUGCAGAUCGUCGAGCCCAGAAGAAUCAGAGAAUGUUCUUAACAUCAUCGGUGCAUUCGAUAUCCCGAGGUUCAUCUACAACCACGAGAGGAAAAAGUUGAUACCGCUGGCCAUGACGAACCACCCUCCGCCAUGCCUCAUAGCCUCUCCUCGAGACAAAGCUGCAGUUUUCCAGGAGCGAUACGCCAUCCUGCAGCAGCGGACCCACCGGCAUGACCUCUUCACCCCUCCUGUGGUUGGAUCAGUCACAGAGGAAGGACGCAACAAGUUUCAGCUGAAAACAGUGGAGUUUCUUCAGGGCAGCACUGCCCGGUUGGGAGAGGUCAUUGUGCUUGGAAUGCUGACCCAGCUCAAAGAGGGGAAGUAUUACCUGGAAGACCCCACUGGGACUGUGCAGCUUGAUCUUAAGAAUGCCCAGUUCCACAGCGGGCUCUACACGGAGUCCUGCUUUGUGUUGGCUGAGGGUUAUUACGAGGAUGAGGUGUUUCACGUCAACGCGGUUGGCUUCCCUCCCACGGAAGCGGCAAAGAUAUCCAGGACGUACUUUGGAGAUGUGAAUCUGUUUGGGGGGCCGUCGACCACGAGUGUGAAGGCCUCGGCAGCGCUGGCCAACAUCGAGGAGCGCAAUACUGAUGCCAUGUUUGUGUUCGCCUCGGACGUGUGGCUCGACCGCUCGGACGUCCUUGAUCGGCUGAGACUCAUGUUUACUGGAUACUCGGGUGCUCCACCCACUUGCUUCAUAUUCUGUGGAAACUUCAGCUCGGCUCCUUAUGGCCGCAACCAUACGUCUGUGCUUAUAGAUUCGCUGAAAUGUUUAGCCGACAUCAUUUGUGAGUUUCCCUCCAUUCUUGAAAGCAGCCGAUUCGUGUUUGUUCCAGGACCAGAGGAUCCAGGGCCCGGAGCUAUUUUGCCCAGGUCUCCGCUUGCCGAUCACAUUACGGCAGAGUUCAGAAGACGCGUUCCCUCCGCCAUCUUUGCCACAAACCCUUGCAGGCUGCAGUACUGCACACAGGAGGUGGUGAUUUUCCGAGAGGAUCUGGUAAACAAGAUGUGCCGGAACUGCGUGCGCUUUCCAAAUCCUGGGACAGAUAUCCCCACCCACUUUGUGAAGACACUGGUGAGCCAGGGCCACCUAUCAUCAUUGCCACUGUUUGUCAGCCCUGUGUUCUGGGGCUUCGACUAUACCCUGUCCCUCUACCCGCUUCCUGACCUGCUCGUGUGUGCCGACAAGUACGACCCCUUCAGCAUCACCAAUACCGAGUGCAUGUGCAUCAACCCGGGCUCCUUCCCUCGGAGUGAAUUCAGCUUUAAAGUUUACUACCCAUCCAGCCGGACUGUGGAGGACAGUAAACUACAAGAUAUGUAGAUGAAGCAACAAGGGAGGAAGGAGCAUCAUGAUGUGGAAACAGAAUCGCAACUCCGAAUUGCACUGCAGUUGUGUAGACCUGAGCUGUCCCUUGUGCUCAAAAAGCAGUGGCAGUCAUUCGUUCUGCAUAGCUGUACUCACACACCUACGAUUAGCGCGGUUGGCUGUGUACGGUGCAAAAUAAGUUCUACAUAUUGUAGGUGGCGUACAUUUACAUAAAACCGAUGCAUUUAAAUUCACAUUUCCAGGAUGUGGAAGAAUCUGGUAAAAAUGAAACCCAUACUGCAAGCUGACAAACACAAGAUUUUGGAAAUGUAUUUAAUAUAUUAUAUGGGAUGUGCUGCUAUCAUUACAUACAUAUAUUAAUAUUGAAUAAAUACAUCAAGCCCACACGUCAACUGUUAGGAAUUUUAUGGUGUUCUGUAUAUGCUCUAUAGAUGCUCUCCUGUAAUGUGGUUGUUUUUGCAUUGUUUUUCAUAUUUGCUUCAUUUCUUAACUUAAUUUGAUUUAUUUUUUCCAUCUUGGUGCCCUUCAUUUGCACCUGGUUAAAUAAAUAUGGUUAAACUUGUAAAA